UUAAAAUUUUUGUUUUAUAUGUAUGUGACCAGUUGACCACUGGCCAUCUGUCAAGCAAUCGUAUGUCGAGAGUUUGUCAGGCAAAAUUUUGUAACAUCGUAACUUUUUUGUUGGAAAAUUAUUUAUAUUUGAAAUAUGUGCUUUUUACGCAAUUAGUUUUUGAAAGAUUUUGUGCAUUUUUUGACAAUAUAAUUUGCCCGUAGAUAAAUCAUUACAAAGUAUUUGAAGGAAACUUCAAAAUGGCAGCAACGAGAAGAUUACAAAAGGAAUUGGGAGACAUUAGACAAUCAGGAUUAAAAUCAUUUCGCGAUAUACAAGUCGAUGAAUCGAAUAUACUAACAUGGCAAGGGUUAAUUGUUCCUGAAAAUCCACCUUAUAAUAAAGGAGCAUUCAGAAUUGAAAUCAACUUUCCAGCAGAAUAUCCGUUCAAACCACCAAAAAUUAGUUUCAAAACGAAGAUUUAUCAUCCAAAUAUAGAUGAAAAAGGCCAAGUCUGCCUUCCAAUAAUUAGCGCUGAAAAUUGGAAACCUGCAACAAAAACUGAUCAAGUGAUUCAAGCACUUAUAGCCCUUGUUAAUGACCCUGAACCAGAGCAUCCACUCCGUGCUGAUUUAGCAGAAGAAUUUUUAAGGGAUCGUAAGAAAUUUACCAAAAAUGCAGAAGAGUUUACCAAAAAGAAUUCUGAAAAGAGGCCCACUGGCUGUGACUAAUAUAUAAAUCCUAUAUUGCUUUGCUCACUAGGUUAUUAAGACAGUUACUUAAGCAAUCAGAAGCACAAACAUAAAAAAAGGUGUUU